UCAGCUUUUAUAAAAUGAGUGAUGCUCAUUGUCAGUCUCGUUCUCAUACAUGCUGUCAUCGUGGUUUGCCGUUAUCAUCUGAGUCUGAAGUGUCUUAGGCUAAGCCGCUCAGGGGUGGAUUUUCACCUACCUUUUAUCACUCAACAUUCGCACAAUCACUAACCCAUCUCAAGAUUACUACUAAAAACAACUACUCUCCCACUGCUUUCAAUCUUAAACGAAUAUAUUCUUCUUCUGCUUUUUAUUUCAACCAACGGACACCACCCUUUCAUUCCUUCUUUGCAUCUUCACAAAGUAAUCAAAAUCAAUUCUUUUCAUAGCUAUUUUUUUUUUUUUUUUUUAAAGAAGACUUCUCAUUUCAUUUGAUUUAAAGCUCUCUUUCUCUUUUUCUUUUUUUCUUCUUAUGAUGCGCUCUUCUUCUUUAUUCUUCUUUGCAUUUCCAUCUUCUUCCUCUUCUUUACUUUGUUCUUUCUUUCUUUUAACUUUUUCUUGAAAUUUAAUUGGGAGAGGAAAGACUUAAGAUCAAGAUAUGGAGACUGCUGUUCUUGAUAGUAUAAUUAAGAGGCUUCUUGAUGUCAGAACAAAACCAGGGAAGCAAGUUCAGUUAUCUGAGGGUGAAAUCAGGCAACUCUGUGUUGUCUCCAAGGGUAUUUUCUUGAGGCAGCCCAAUCUUUUAGAGCUUGAAGCUCCCAUCAAGAUAUGCGGAGAUAUCCAUGGCCAGUACACCGAUCUUUUGAGGCUUUUUGAGUAUGGCGGUUUACCUCCUCGUUCCAAUUACCUAUUCUUGGGUGAUUAUGUAGAUCGUGGAAAGCAAAGCCUAGAAACAAUUUGCCUUCUCCUUGCAUAUAAAAUGAAAUAUCCUGAAAACUUCUUCCUUCUGAGGGGCAACCAUGAAUGCGCUUCAAUAAAUCGUAUUUAUGGAUUUUAUGACGAGUGUAAACGGAGAUUUAAUGUUAGACUUUGGAAAGUAUUCACAGAUUGUUUCAACUGCCUACCUGUGGCAGCUCUUAUUGAUGAAAAGAUACUCUGCAUGCAUGGUGGACUUUCUCCUGACUUGCAUAGGUUGGAUCAGAUAAGAUAUUUACCACGACCUAUUGAGGUUCCAGAAAGUGGUUUGCUAUGUGAUCUCCUGUGGUCUGAUCCUGGUAGAAACAUUAAAGGGUGGGGGCCAAAUGAUAGAGGAGUUUCCUAUACCUUUGGUGCUGAUAGGGUGACAGAGUUUCUUCAGAAGCAUGAUCUUGAUUUAAUUUGUCGUGCCCAUGAGGUUGUGGAAGAUGGAUAUGAAUUUUUUGCUAAUAGACAGCUGGUAACCAUAUUUUCAGCACCUAAUUACUGUGGAGAGUUUGACAACGCUGGUGCCAUGAUGAGUGUGGAUGAGUCUCUAAUGUGUUCUUUCCAAAUAUUGAAGCCACAAGAUAAGAAGCCAAAGUUCAGUUUUGGGAGCACAACCACAGUUAAGUCUGGUGCUCCUCCAAUUAAGAUGAAGUCGUUUCUUGGUGCAAAAGUAUGAGAAAGUAAACUGAUGGAGAUAUCAGAAGAGGCCAGAAAGUUGCACCAAUGGUAUAUGGAAUAUUGCCAAAGUAGUCAUCUAAGAAGUCUGGGUUCCAAGAGUUUGUUCCCAUGAAGGGAAGAAUAUGCAUUGGCUGCUUCACUUAGUCGAGCUAAGGAGAACCGAAGAUAUUACUCCGCCAGCAAAAUUGUGGAAGCUAUAAUCUUUUGCUUUACACUCCUUUGUGUACAUUAUUGAUGCAGCAAAUCUAUAACUCUGUUGUCUCCCACUCUUAUUUCCUCUGAAGUCUCUUCUCAGCUUCUUCGCUGAUGCUCUUGUAUCAUAAUCAGUUAAUCACAGCAUGAAAUUCAGACGGUUGUCUUGACAUUCCUAGUGGAAUGCAUUGUUCCUUCCUGUAACUUCAUAACUGGGAUGAGUGUGUUGUGUUUCGCAUUAUAUAGAAACUCAUUGAUAUAAUAUGCUCCUAACCAGGGUGAAUCAUUAAUUUUCA